AUGCUCUGCGCAAUCUCUGGAGAGGCACCUCAAGUGCCUGUCCUCUCCCCCAAGAGCGGCAGUGUUUUUGAGAAGCGCCUGGUCGAGGCUUACAUUUCCGAGCAUGGAAAGGACCCAGUGAACGGCGAGGAGCUUACCACCGAAGAUCUCAUCGAUAUCCACUCGCAGCGCGUCGUUCGGCCCCGACCUCCCACUCUCACUUCCAUUCCUUCUCUUCUUAGCGUCUUCCAAGAAGAGUGGGAUGCGCUUGCCCUCGAAACAUAUACCCUGCAGCAGAACUUGGCACAAACACGCCGUGAGCUGAGCGCGGCGCUUUACCAGCACGAUGCUGCCGUGCGAGUGAUCGCGCGGGUGACGAAGGAGCGGGAUGAGGCCCGCGAUGCCCUUUCAAAGGUCACUGUUGGUGCUACUCGUUCCGCGGCGGGUGGCGAGGCCAUGCAAGUGGACUCUGCUGGUCUUCCUCAGGCUGUUUUAGAGCGGGUUGAGAACACACAAGCUGCUCUUUCCAAGACACGCCGCAAGCGCCCUAUUCCCGAUAACUGGGCUACCAGCGAUGGUAUCUCUGCCUAUAAGCCCACCGAGGCAUCUGAGCCUCUGUACCCCGGUGGCCGUGUCUUGGCCGUGAACCCCACUGGCGAAUUGGCCCUGGUUGGCGGUGCUGAUGGCGUGGUUGGUGUCUACUCCAUUGCCCAGAAGAAUGUCCUGCAGACUCUGAAGGCAGAUGGCCCGGUUACUGGUGGCACAUGGGCCGGUGAUAAGGCGGUCGUUGCCUCUUCUACUGGUUCCGUCAAGGUGUUUGAGAACGGAAGCGAAGUCGCAAGCUUUGCCUCCCACGCUGGUGAGGUGACUGCUAUUGAUGUCCACCCUACUGGAGAUAUUAUUGCCUCUGUUGGUGUUGAUAAGAGCUACGUGCUCUACGAUCUGUCUACGAACUCCGUCAUUACCCAGAUUUUCACUGAUGCAGCUUUGCUGUCCGUCCAAUUCCACCCCGAUGGCCACCUCAUCGCCGCAGGUGGGUCUGAUAACCAGAUCAAGAUAUUUGAUGUCAAGACUGGUGCCGCUGCUGCGGACUUCGCCAUGUCUGGCCCCGUCAAGUCUCUCUUCUUCUCCGAGAAUGGUACCUUCCUCGCGGCGGUCGCUGCGCAAUCUACCACUGUCUCAAUCUGGGACCUGCGCAGCUCUUCGGAAACCAAGGUGCUGGACACCGGCAGCCUGGUCAACUCAAUCUUCUGGGACUACAGUGGUCAAUUCCUGUUGACUGGUGGCCCAAGUGGAUUGACUGUCCAGCAAUUCACCAAGUCGUCGAAGAGUUGGUCAGAGCCCUUGCGCAGCGCGGUUCCCGCAGUUGCUGUGGCCUGGGGAGCCAACGCUCAGAGCAUUGUGGCAUUGAACGAAAGUGGUGCGAUUACAGUGCUCGCACAGUCAUGA